CGCCCACCCGCUGGCCUGAGCCCCACGCCGGCGCCGAGGCCUCGCACACACUUAAGCACCCGCCCUCCAGUCCUCGGGCCGCACUGCCAGUCAGCCCGCCAGACCCGCAGUCUGUCAGUCCGUCAGUCCUCUCCUCCGCCUCUCCCUCCAGCUUCUCCUUCCAGCGCUUCGGCCCGGGGCAGCCAGCCAGCAGGGAGGGAGGCAGGGACGCCGAGCCGCCUGGAGCUGUCGAUCACUGCAUACAAGAUGAUUCCCUGUGGAUCCAUGUUGACCUUUGCCCGAUGUCUCAUCCGGAGGAAAAUCGUGACCUUGGAUAAUCUGGAGGAUUCCAAACUCUGUCGCUGCCUUUCCACCGUGGACCUGAUUGCCCUUGGGGUGGGGAGCACCCUCGGAGCUGGGGUCUAUGUCCUGGCCGGGGAGGUGGCCAAGUCCAGCUCAGGGCCCAGCAUUGUUUUGUCCUUCCUGAUUGCGGCCCUGGCCUCCGUCAUGGCGGGGCUUUGCUAUGCGGAAUUUGGGGCCCGAGUCCCCAAGACAGGCUCUGCAUAUUUAUACACUUAUGUCACCGUGGGCGAGCUGUGGGCCUUCAUCACGGGCUGGAAUCUCCUUCUCUCUUAUGUCAUAGGGACCUCCAGCGUGGCUCGGGCGUGGAGUGGGACUUUUGAUGAGCUGCUCAACAAAGAGAUCGGCAGUUUUUUCCGGACCCACCUCAGCAUGCAUUCCCCAGGGCUUGCAGAGUAUCCAGACUUUUUUGCCGUGUGCCUCAUCCUUCUCCUGUCAGGUCUCUUGUCAUUUGGAGUCAAAGAAUCAGCCUGGGUGAAUAAAAUCUUUACAGCAAUUAACAUUCUGGUUCUAAUCUUUGUGAUAAUCGCUGGGUUUGUGAAAGGCAACAUCGCCAACUGGAAGAUCAGUGAAGACUUCCUCAAAAAUCUCUCUGCCACCAUAGAGUCUGAGAAUGGGACAAGCACCUAUGGAGUUGGUGGCUUCAUGCCCUUCGGCUUUAAGGGGACUCUGGCUGGAGCUGCCACUUGCUUCUACGCCUUCGUGGGUUUCGACUGCAUUGCGACCACUGGGGAAGAGGUCCGGAAUCCUCAGCGGGCCAUUCCAAUCGGCAUUGUCACUUCCCUGCUUGUGUGCUUCAUGGCGUACUUUGGCGUGUCUGCGGCUUUGACCCUUAUGAUGCCCUAUUACCUCCUGGACGAGACCAGCCCCCUCCCUGUAGCCUUCGAAUAUGUCGGCUGGAGUCCUGCCAAGUAUGUGGUGGCCGUGGGCUCCCUCUGUGCUUUGUCUACCAGUCUCCUUGGAUCCAUAUUCCCAAUGCCGCGGGUAAUCUAUGCUAUGGCAGAAGACGGUUUGCUUUUCCAAUUCUUAGCUAAAAUCCAUCCCAAAACGAAGAGCCCACUCAUUGCUACUUUGACAUCGGGUUCCGUGGCAGCGGUCAUGGCGUUCCUCUUUGACUUGAAGGCUCUAGUGGACAUGAUGUCUAUCGGGACCCUCCUAGCCUAUUCACUUGUUGCUGCUUGUGUCCUCAUCCUCAGGUACCAGCCCAGCUUGAUUCACCAGAAGACAAAAUGUUGCCCAGAGAAGGAAGCCUUGACCUCUGGUGCAGCUGAAGACCUGCUGCCAACAUCUGGGAACAGCAAGCAGACUCUCCUCAAGCCUUCUCGGUUGCCCACCCCGCAAUCGGCAUCUCUUGUUAGCUAUUUGGUGGGACUGCUAGCAUUCCUGGUUCUUGGGCUCAGCAUCCUGAUGACCUAUGGGAUUCAUGCCGUUACCAAUAUGGAGUCGUGGAGCAUUGGUCUUCUCUCUGUCCUUGUCUUCCUUAUCUUCAGCAUCAUCCUUGUCAUCUGGAGGCAGCCUCAGAAUGAGCAGAAAGUGGCUUUUAUGGUUCCCCUGCUGCCAUUUUUACCAGCACUUAGCAUCCUGGUGAACAUUUAUCUCAUGGUCCAGUUGAAUGCACAAACGUGGAUCCGAUUCAGUGUCUGGAUGGCUAUAGGUUUCCUGAUUUACUUUUCUUAUGGCAUCAGACACAGCUUAGAAGGGAGCCAGAGGCAUGAAGAUGAAGGCGUAUGUUCAGAGAACAUGAUCGGGCAAACAGAAGAAAAACGUCCAUUGAGGCCAGCAGCCUUACAUAGGGCAAACUCAGUGUCCAUUUCUUCUUCUGAACUGGACAAGUCAAUGUUGAUGCCUGUGCACUAUCCGCUGGGCAACAUGGUCCCAAUGCUCCAUAUGUCUUUUGUUGGAAACCAGGACAGGAUGUUUAUGCCAGGUUCCAUUAUCCUCGGUCUGCUGCUCUUCCCAGAUAUCCCCUCUCUCAUGUUUGUGCCUGUGGGCUGUGUGAGCCUAGACAAGAGUAAUGCGUCUGGGGACCAGCCACUUCCUUGAGGAUCCUGUCCUCGGGGGACAAACCCAAAAAUAAAUGGGAGAGGGGAGAUCACAGUUGCACCUCGCACCUUUUGGCACAUGGAAAUUCUUGCUGUUUUAUUUUGUUUUGUUUUGUCUUGUACAAUCCUAUUAAGGUAUUACCAGUGUUAGCCUUUGCUGGGCAGCCCUCAUGGAAAUUGGAGAGUGUUGAGUAGCAGGAUGCUAUAUGUGUACCUGUCCAGUUUUGUGCCUCACAUAUGUUGGGGAGGGAUUUUACCUCUGUCUCUUGGGUCUUGUGACUUUAAAUUGACAGACUGACUGUCAGUGUUCCCAUCUGCCCCUCUUUGCUCACAUAAAAAGACAGCUUUGGGGAAGCAGCAGAGCCGGAGCAAGGACACGUAUCCUCUGCAAUUGUUUUCUAAAUGCCAGCAGUAGAUCCCUUAAGAUAAGACCCCUCCCCCAGUAAAGAAAUGUUUCUAAUAAAUUAGUAAAUAUGAACAUUUGCUUCAGAUUUAUAAUACACUGUAGACAUAACAUUCCAUAGCAUUUGAUAAUUAAUUCAACAACCAUUUCUUAAAUGCCUACUACUGUUAUGGUGGGAAGAACACUGGAUUUGGUAUCAAAGGAUCUGGCUUUCAAUCCCGGUUCUAUUGCUUCUUAGCUGUAUGAUCUUGGAUAAGGCCUUUGCUAUCAAUGGGACCCUUCUGUAGUGGAGGGAGUUAAACUCAAUCACUGAGAAAUCUUCUAGCUCUAACUUAGCUGUCAGUCCUAUCACCACUGGGUGCUAUCCCUAUCAAAAUUGAGACAGGAGGAAAAGCGGUAGGGAGGAUUUGAGCAAACAAACUACGGGCUCCUUCUCCUAAAAAGUUCAGGCAUCCAUCAGCCUACCUUGGGGUGGGAGGCAUAGGAUAUCUGGUAUUUGUCAGAGUUUAACUCGCUGCCCCUCUUCUGGCCAAACCCACUGCUUUGCUUUGAUUAGGAUUUUCUCUUGUUAUAGCUUCCCUGCUGCCCAAAGCCUUCAUUUCUACUUUCUUUGAAUGAUGAGGGAGAGGAAGGAAGCAAAUAAUAAGAAAAGGCAAAACUGCUCCUGAAUUAUUCUGCUCUUCUUGGUUAGUCAAAAGCAGCUAAGCCCAGUUGGAAGGUGCACCUCUCACCCUGUUUCUUUUGGAAACAUUUUGAGGUAUAUUCUUUCCUUCUAUUUUUUUAUUAAGUAUUUCCAUCUGUUCCAUCUGUAAAUCAGGGGAUUGUUUUAAAUAACUAUAUGUCAACAUUGACAACAGCUACCACCUUUCUGUCUCCUACCAGGGUAAGGGUACACACAGAUGCUGGGACCAUGCUUGGUUAGGGUCAAGGAAUGAAAUAAAAUGAGUCCCUGAAGAUAGCUGGGUCUAAUGUCCAGACCAUUUUAAGAAGGGCUUUGGGAGCAGAAAUGGAGGCUUAAUUUCUAUAAUAUGGUUGGGUUGUUACUUACCAAGUCAAUGCUUUUUUAGUGGAAGAAGAGAUGCACUUGUAGAAUCUUCAACAUUGGGGAUGGGAGAGGAAAGGAAUGGUUAGCAUGUCCCAGAGAACGUUCAGGACUCAUGACCCAGUGGAAAUGACUCAGGAAAGAGCAACUUUGGCUUGCCAUUCCUACUCUGAGAGCCUCACAUUUCUUGAUCCCUUAAUUGGUGGGUAGGGAGGGAGAGGAAGCCAUGAGUUUCUGUUCUCUUAAAUCACAGACUAUGGUUCUAUUUUGAAAAAACAAGAACCCUGACUCUCAUUUUAAAACCUAACUUGGGAUCAUAAGACCCUGGAAAUCUGGUGGAUGGGACCUCAGAAGCCAUUUAGUCUAACCUUAUUUUACAAAGGAGGUUGGGAAAAGCAAAAUGACUUAUGACAGCUGAUGGAGAUCUCUUUCUCUAAAGGUCCUUCCCCACAGAAAAAAGGAACUGAGAGACUUAAAGCCUUCCCUUGAAAUCCUCUCUUAAUAAUUAGAUGUAGAAAUAUAUUUGGCAAGCAGUAGACACCUCACUACACCAAUAAGGCCUUUUAAAAAUGCACUUUUCUAAUGAGAAAUUUGAUAAUUAUCAACAAACAUGAACAUUUCCAAUAUACAAAUGACAGAAAAGGGGGAAUUGCAUAGAAAACUAAAAAUCUCCUAUGUAUAGUUUUGUGGGGGUUUUGGUCUGCAUCAUUUGUAACAAGAUAGAAUCAAUACCCCUCAUCUAUGUCUUUUUCUACUGGAGUCCUUUUUAAAUAAAUGGAGGUUUCUUUUCCCAUGUCACAAGAUAGUUAAUUUAGAGCUGAAUGAUCCUGCCUAGUCAGUCAGACUUUCCUCCAGAUGAGGACAGUGGGGAGGUAUGUAUACAUAUAUAUACACACAUGUGCCUAUAUAUAUACAUGCAAACAUUUACAUAUAUACUUAGAAAUCAUAGAGUUAGUUGAGUUUAUGACAGAGUUUCAGGGAAUGAGAUCUUAAGGUGGGUCAAAAAUUCAAUGUGGUGUUCUUUAUUCAGUGUUUCUACAGAAUGUUUUUAGAUAUUAAACUAUUUUGAGAUCCAAUUUGAUAGUGUAUAUAAGAUUUUUAAUGGUAUUUUCCAAGAACAAGGUAUUUAUAUGUUUAUAGUAUGAAAUCAACUUCAGACUCAGAAUUUGGAAUCCCUUCUCAUUGCCACUCGCUUUAUUUGUCAUCUCUAACAGGGCUGCCCUGCGCCAUGUUCUCAGGGGGUCAUGUUCACAAAUGUCUGGUCUCCAGCCUUCUCUUCUGUCUUCAUGGUACACAGUGAGCAGUCACUGGACCCAGUGGCUAAACACUGGAGCCUUUAGAUUGAUAUCUAAAAUCAAAUCAGCUGGUUUCAUCUAACUGCAACUGGUUUUCUAAGCUAUUGAUCCCAGAAAAGAAAAUGUAUUCUGCUAGUCCUCAUGCUAGAUCAUCCCCUCAAGGAC